ACUCCUCUGGAGCUAAUUGGCACUGGAUAGAAACAGCUGAGAACUGGAAAGUAUCCACUCGAUCGCUCCGGGUUAUUAAAUCAGCAAUGGCUCUGACUAUUCUUCCAAUAUUGGGUCCGAUUUCUGUGUCUGAGAGUCUCGUGGCCAUUAUAACAAUAUGUUUGGUGUAUCUGCUCAUGCGCCUAAACCGCACGAAAAUCCCAGACGGGCUACAGAAGCUUCCCGGCCCGAAGCCUCUGCCGAUUAUCGGAAAUGUCCUGGAAAUCGGAAACAACCCACAUUUGAGUCUGACGGCCAUGAGUAAGUGCUAUGGCCCGGUUUUCCAGAUCCAGAUCGGCAUGCGUCCUGUCGUCGUACUCAGUGGGAAUGAUGUGAUCCGACAGGCGCUCCUAAAACAGGGCGAAGAGUUUUCCGGACGUCCAGAAUUGUACAGCACCAAGUUCAUCAGUGAUGGAAAGAGUCUGGCGUUCAGUACGGAUCAAGUCGGAGUCUGGAGAGCACGCCGAAAGCUGGCGCUCAAUGCCCUGCGAACAUUUUCAACAGUGCAGGGAAAGAGUCCCAAAUAUUCCUGCGCCCUAGAGGAGCACAUCAGUAAUGAGGGUUUAUAUUUGGUCCAGAGGCUGCACUCUGUUAUGAAAGCCGAUGGAAGCUUUGAUCCAUUCAGACAUAUCGUAGUAUCCGUGGCUAACGUAAUCUGCGGGAUCUGUUUCGGACGCCGGCAUAGUCAUGAUGAUGAUGAACUGGUGCGACUGGUUAAUAUGAGCGAUGAGUUCGGGAAGAUCGUGGGCAGCGGAAACCCUGCCGAUUUCAUCCCUUUCCUGCGCAUUCUGCCGAGCACGACGAUGAAGAAGUUCCUGGAUAUCAACGAACGCUUCAGUAAAUUCAUGAAGAGGCUGGUGAUGGAGCAUUACGAUACGUUCGAUAAGGACAACAUCAGAGACAUCACCGACUCUCUUAUCAACCACUGCGAAGACCGAAAACUGGACGAAAACUCCAACCUGCAAGUGUCCGAUGAGAAGAUCGUAGGAAUCGUCAAUGACCUAUUCGGAGCCGGUUUCGACACUAUCAGUACGGCUCUGUCCUGGGCGGUUGUCUAUCUAGUGCACUACCCAGAGGUCCAGGAGCGACUGCAAAGAGAAUUGGAUGAAAAGAUCGGGAAGGAUCGCACACCACUGUUAUCUGACAGGGCGAACCUGCCGCUUCUGGAGUCCUUCAUUCUGGAGAUCUUCCGUCAUUCAUCCUUCCUUCCCUUCACCAUUCCUCACUGCACAUCCAAAGACACGUCACUCAAUGGCUAUUUUAUUCCCAAAGACACCUGCGUGUUUGUAAACCAGUGGCAAGUCAACCAUGACCCAGAACUGUGGAAGGAUCCCUCGUCUUUUAUUCCCGACCGGUUCCUCACUGCGGACGGUACUGAACUGAAUAAGUUGGAAGGCGAGAAGGUGUUGGUUUUCGGUUUGGGAAAGCGCCGCUGCAUUGGAGAGUCCAUCGGACGCGCUGAAGUCUUCCUGUUCCUGGCCAUCCUGCUGCAAAGGUUAAAGUUCACCGGGAUGCCAGGAGAAAUGCUGGAUAUGACCCCAGAGUACGGGUUGACCAUGAAACACAAGCGGUGUCUUCUUCGGGUCACACCACAGCCUGGGUUCUAGAUCCAGAACUCCUCAUCAUGAUCCAAAAAUCAAAGAUUGAGCUCCUGAAAUCCAGGAAAACUGGCCAGCAGGUGGAGAUGCUGAAUAUUAGAGAUGUUUGUUCGCAGGUCAAAGCAUCCGAUGCAUUCUGAUGCAAGCACACUGCAAAAUACAUGCUAUUAUUACUUACUAUUAGAGUUUUGGUCUUGCUUCUAGUCCAAAUAUCUCAAACGUCUUUAAUCAAGAAGCAUUUUGUUGGCAAGUGAAACAUCUUGUCUUGUUUUCAAACAUAAUGAGUGAAAAUUAAAUGACGUUUUCCGUAAAACAAGCAAAAUAAUCUGCUUACUCUGUUUAAAAAACUCUGUUAAACAGCUCUUUGGUAAGGAACUUUAAUAAUUGGGUAGUUUUGUUGUAAAUUGUGCAUAUAUGCAUAUCAGAUGCACGCUUGCAUGGCCUUGUCCUUUCAAAACUGGAAUGCUGAUAAUGUAUUUGUGCUUUCAAACAUACCGCGGUAAAGCACAGAUCAGGAUGAAGAGUGCCUGUUUUAGCUGCGGUUUAGCUGUCUAUCAAAGCAAUGCCUUCUGUCUUCAUAAGCUUAAUGCAGAUUCAUCUGCCUGACGACAUACACUGAUGCAGUUUUCUAAUUGAUGAUGAUCCCCGAAUGUGAUCCACAUGUAAAUACGCAGCGGCUGUUUCAAUAUGCACAUUUUUUUUUACAUGUGCCUGAUUUUACUUGUGUACAGAUUUGUAAUAUCUACUUUUUGUAUUUAUCGAAGUGCUUAAUCAGAUGUUUAUUUCCUUGAGAUAUCGUGUCUGUGACCUGCUGAAACUCUUCGCAGGUGCUCAUAAUUGUAUUAUGAAGGAAUUCUGAAGUACUACUGCUAUAAUUAAUUCAUGCUAACAUGGUCUCCAAUGGCAGUUUGUUGUUGCAUAGCAUAUUUAUGAUGUUGGCAAAAUAAAUAAUAAAACUUCUACUGCUGAAA